UCCACUUCUUCUCUUUCUCUGGGGUAUAGAGAAAACUGAAACAGAAACACGGACGUGCGACGGAACUGUACAAAAAAAUGGCGUCCAAAAGCGUUGUCAGGACCGGAGGUUCUGUGAUGGGCCGACUGUUGAAUAAACCAAUGCUUCAGAAGCAGAAGAGUACGAGCAGCUCGAACCAUCUAAUUGCAUCGAGCUGCUUCGAAAUCGCUCCGAUGAUCUCCCCACCUUCUCUGUCCACGUUCCAAACCUCUUUCCGUUUUCCCCAGACCGACGACGACACCCUCGAAAGAAUAUCUUCCGACGGAUUUUUGUACCCUUGUGGCCUCCCUUCUCUCCGAUUCUUCUUACCUGGGGAUGGGUCUUCAUCUGGUGAGCCAAUGCUCUUAUUCCCUAAAAGAACAUACCAACCUAGUACCCUUAAGAGGAAGAGGGUACACGGGUUCUUGGUUCGCAAAUCAACCAAGGGUGGGCGGCGGGUCAUUGCUCGAAGAAUCGCAAAGGGACGGUUUAGAAUCACAGCAUAGCAGCUUGUAUUUUGUCACUGUCAUGUUUCAAUGAGAUCAAGUUCUAGUGCUUUUUAAGGGUGAGCAACUAGGAGGAACCUUUGCUUCUUUCUGGUGGCUGCUUGAGUGCCUGAAGGUCAUUUAAUAGAGCUAUGUUUGACAGAGCAUCAGAGCCCUCUCUUGUGAAGCUACUUGAAUUCUCUGUCAAAUUAUCCUCUUUUGGUUAUUCAUAUAUAUGCAUGUCUGCUGCAGUUUAUUAACCCAGAUUGUUGAUGCUAGCUAGUCUGCUAAUGUCAUUGUUUUUUGGAACUAUCUGUCAAUUCCGGAAUGUGGUUCUGUAACUGUUGCAAUAUCUAUACCCAUAGCACAUAAAUUCUUUAUGUAUGAUAGGCUUAAGAACAAAA